GUUGCCGCACGCAAAAUUUGUUUACUUUUUCUUCACAUGUGCAUGAAACCAUGAAUGAUUUUCUAGCUACUUCACUGCUUUGUAUAUAGUUUUCUUUAUAUAUAUAAUAUGUGUGUGUGUUGCACUUACAAGAGGAACAACUAACUAAGCAAAGAUAGAGAUGGAGAAGGAAAUGGAGGGUGCUUUGGUUGAAGAGGAAAUGAAUGAGCAACAAGAAGAAGAAAAGCAAGACAUGAAUAAUAAUCAAAGGUGCAAGGGUGGACUCAUUACCAUGCCUUUCAUUAUAGGAAAUGAAGCACUGGCAAAGAUGGCAAGUGUGGGGCUAUCCCCAAACAUGAUAGUGUAUUUGAUUGGAGACUACAGACUCAGAGUGGUUAAAGCAACAAAGAUUAUGUUCUUUUGGUUUGCUGCUACCAAUUUUGCUCCUCUCUUUGGUGCUUUCCUUGCUGAUUCUUAUUUGGGUCGCUUUCUUGCCAUUGCUUUUGGUUCAAUUAUCACUUUUCUGGGGAUGGCACUAUUAUGGUUAACAGCCAUGAUAGCAGAGGCAAGACCCUCACCUUUGAGCCAUGAAUCAGCAACAGCACCCCAACUUGCACUCCUAAUCACUUGUUUUGCACUCAUAUCAAUUGGAGGAGGUGGAAUCUUCUGCUCCUUAGCAUUUGGUGCAGACCAACUCAACAACAACAACAACAAAAAGGAGAGGGUGUUGGAGAGUUUCAUAAGUUGGUACAUUGCUUCACAAGCAGUUUCUGUUGUUUUCUCCUUAACUGCAAUUGUUUACAUUCAAGACCGGUAUGGAUGGAAACUGGGUUUUGGUGUUCCUGCGGCACUUAUGUUGUUGUCAACCGUCUUCUUCUUUCUUCUUUCUCACCGUUAUGUGAAGCAUAAACCUCACAAAAGCUUGCUCACUAGCUUUGCUCAGGUCAUUGUUGUUGCAUUCAAGAAUAGAAAGCUUCAACUUCCACCUACUACUCACCAUCCAAUACUCUAUCACCAUAACAAGGACUCAACCCUUGUUGCUCCAUCUCACAAACUAAGGUUUCUGAAUAAAGCUUGCAUAGUCACUAAUAACAAUAAUAAUAGUUCAUGGAGUGUUUGCACAAUAGAGCAAGUGGAAGAAUUGAAGGCCAUAAUAAAGGUAAUUCCUCUAUGGAGUAGCGGUUUCAUGUUAUCAAUAAGCAGUAGCCAAAGCUCAUUUUUUUUGCUACAAGCAAAAACCAUGAACAGGCACAUAACUUCAAACUUCCAAAUCCCAGCAGGUUCUUUUCCUGUCUUCAUUAUGAUCUCAGUAUUCAUAACUGCUGGUGUUUAUGACCGUCUCAUCAUUCCCUUGGCAUCAAAACUUAGAGGAAAACCAGUUAGGAUAAGUGCCAAGAACAGAAUGGGGAUUGGCUUGUUCUUCUGCUUCUUGGACUUGGUAGUUUCAGCAGUUGUUGAGAACAUUAGAAGGAGGAAAGCAAUUAGAGAAGGUUACAUUGAUAAUCCUGAAGCAAUUUUGGACAUGUCUGCAAUGUGGCUUAUUCCACACAAUGUUUUGAAUGGAAUUGCAGAAGCAUUCAAUGCAAUAGGCCAAUCUGAAUUCUAUUAUACUGAGUUUCCAAGAAGCAUGUCAAGCAUUGCUGCAGCCUUGUUCAGCUUUGGAAGUGCUAUAGGAAACUUGUUAGCUUCUCUAAUAUUCAGCAUUGUGGAUGACAUCACUUCCAAAGAGGGAAAACAGAGUUGGGUUUCUGAUAAUAUUAAUAAGGGUCAUUAUGACAAGUAUUAUUGGGUUCUUGCCAUUAUGAGUGCUGUUAAUAUGGUUUACUAUUUGGUUUGUAAUUGGGCUUAUGGACCUACCAUUGAAGAUGCUGCUGGAAACAGGGUUCAUGAAGAGGAGGAAAAAUGAUUAAUUAUUAUAAAUCUGUUAAUUAAUUGUGUGCUUUGGAGUGGGAUGUUAUAUAUUAUUUAACUUGGCUUGUUACAUCUGAAUAAGAUAUUAUUAUUAGUGCAUGGAACAUUGAUGUUUGCCACCAAGUUGAAAUUUAACUUAUAUGCAUAAUUAUUCAUUAUUAGCUACUUUGAUGAUUUGGUAUGUUUUGAUUAUAUUGUAAUUGAAAAAGAAAAGAAAAUGAAAUAAUAGUUAUAGUAGGCAAAUA